ACUCCGACGAGCAGUUCGUGAGUGCGGCGACUCCGGUUCGCGCAGCAUGUCUGAGAAGCGGCACUCAGCAGAUCCUCAGGCCCGGCGGCUCCCCGACUCCUUCAAGGAUAGCCCCAGCACAGGCCUUGGACCUUGUGGAUGGAUUUUGGUGGCUGCCUCGUUCUUGUUCACAGUUAUAACUUUCCCAUUGUCAAUAUGGAUGUGCAUAAAGAUCAUAAAAGAAUACGAAAGAGCCAUCAUCUUCAGAUUGGGUCGCAUUUUACAAGGAGGAGCCAAAGGACCUGGUUUGUUUUUUAUCCUGCCGUGCACUGACAGCUUCAUCAAAGUGGACAUGAGAACUAUUUCCUUUGAUAUUCCUCCUCAGGAGAUCCUCACUAAGGAUUCAGUGACAAUUAGUGUGGAUGGCGUGGUCUAUUACCGCGUUCAGAAUGCAACCCUGGCUGUGGCAAAUAUCACCAACGCUGACUCGGCCACUCGUCUGUUGGCACAAACUACUCUGAGGAACGUCCUGGGCACCAAAAACCUUUCUCAGAUCCUCUCUGACAGAGAAGAAAUUGCACACAACAUGCAGUCUACCCUGGAUGACGCCACUGACGACUGGGGAAUAAAGGUGGAACGUGUGGAAAUUAAGGACGUGAAGCUGCCUGUGCAGCUCCAGAGAGCUAUGGCUGCAGAAGCAGAAGCAUCCCGGGAGGCCCGAGCCAAGGUCAUUGCAGCUGAGGGAGAAAUGAAUGCAUCCAGGGCUCUGAAAGAAGCCUCCAUGGUCAUCACUGAAUCUCCUGCUGCCCUUCAGCUCCGGUACCUUCAGACACUGACCACCAUUGCUGCUGAGAAAAAUUCGACGAUUGUCUUCCCUCUGCCCAUAGAUAUGUUGCAAGGCAUUGUAGGGGCAAAACAGUGAGCCAUAUAGGCUAAUGCAGAGAUGAGCUCUUCCGUUCCAAGGAUGAAGCGGGGACCAAAUCAGCCUUUAACCCAUAAGGAGAGAGUAGGGCAGGAACCUUAACUAUUCUCUCUCCCUUUCUUUUCCAUAUGUUAAGUGUGAUGAUCUUAGAAUGUACAGUGAUCCUAGCAACAGAUGAAGAUUGUUAGCUUGUAAAUACUGUGCGAGAGAGAAAGAGAGAGAGAGAGAUUGGUGAUUUAUGUAAGAUAAUCUCUUACUCUUUAAAAUAUUUAAAAGUUCAUAUUUUUAGAUCAUUAUGUAAUAGGUUAAUCCCUCUUCUUUUGACUUUGAGUCAUUCUGCACCCUCUAUCAGCAGCCAGGCUAAAGGCAAGAAAAUAGGCUAUAACCACUACCUGACACCCUGGCUGGACAAAUGCUUUGCAGAAAACAGUGACCUUAGGCAGGCUACAACCAGCUUCUCUGGGCCAUAUGUGCCUUACUUCUGGGGAAUCUUAAUUAAGGAAAUUUUCCUAACAUCCGUUUACUUUCUAAACCCAAACCAUGUUUCAAAAUAAUCCUCACUUGAGAGUAGGCAUUUUCUUGCCACUAACUGUGAGUGCUGGAGGAAAUGGUCAAGAUCAUGAAAAUGAUUACUCUAAUGCUUGAAAGACUUUUAAAUCUGCUAUUAUUAAGGUCUUUUUAAAUAAUGUGGGUUUUUUAAACUUCUUUGAGCCUCUUUAUCAGUAAAUGAUUCCUCUGUGAUCUUUCAAACCAACUAAAUGCUUGUCACAAAAGUGCUUUUUUUCUCACUUCUGCCUACUUUCAUAUAUCAGGUUCUAAAUAGUUUUGAGUUUUUAAAAUAAAAUUUUCUCUAAGUUCUAUAAACAAUUGUUUACAUAUACCCAUUUGAAUAGCAUAAGGACUAAUACUUUUUAAAAAAUUAUCUUCAGCAAACCAUAAUAUUUUACUGUCUGCAUGCUUUUAACUAUUGUACGCUGUGAAAUAUCUCAGUUACCAAUCCCAUUCAUUAAGUAGUAUAAGGAAUUCGCAAUAUAUUGGGCAUAUAAUAUCCCGUGAGCUUGAGAAGAU